AUGGCUGAGAGAUACAUCCCCGAACAUCGCCGGACACAGUUCAAGGCCAAGAACGCCUUCAAGCCCGAAGAGCUCCGUCGUCGUCGUGAGGAGCAGCAGGUAGAAAUUCGAAAGGCCAAGCGUGAGGAGAACUUGGCCAAGCGUCGAGGCAUUGGUUCCGGUGACAGCCGUCCUGGUGCCGCUCUCGGUGCUGCUCCCGACAGUGACGAUGACACUCCCCCUACUGAGUCCCAGCUGAACGAGGACCUUCCUCAGAUGGUCAGCGGUGUCUUCUCGGAGCAGAUUGACCAGCAGAUCCAGGCUACGACCAAGUUCAGGAAGCUUCUUUCCAAGGAGCGCAACCCGCCUAUCGAGGAGGUUAUCAAGACUGGUGUCGUCAGCCGAUUCGUCGAGUUCCUGCGAUCCCCCCAUACCCUUGUCCAGUUCGAGGCCGCCUGGGCCCUAACCAACAUUGCCUCGGGUUCUGCCACCCAGACCCAGGUCGUCAUCGAGGCCAACGCCGUGCCUAUCUUUGUCGAGCUCCUCUCCAGCCCCGAGCCCGAUGUCCGUGAGCAGGCCGUGUGGGCUCUCGGCAACAUUGCCGGCGACAGCCCCCACUGCCGUGACUAUGUACUCAGCUGCGGGGCUCUUAAACCCUUGCUCAACCUUCUGGGCGACAGCCGCAAGCUCAGCAUGCUCAGGAACGCUACGUGGACCCUGAGCAACUUCUGCCGUGGCAAGAGCCCCCAGCCUGACUGGAACACUAUUGCUCCUGCUCUUCCAGUCCUGUCCAAGCUAGUCUACUCGCUGGAUGACGAGGUCCUCAUCGACGCGUGCUGGGCCAUCUCCUACCUCUCGGAUGGCGCCAACGACAAGAUCCAGGCCGUCAUCGAGGCUGGCAUCCCCCGCCGCCUAACUGAGCUUCUCAUGCACGCCUCGACGUCAGUCCAGACGCCCGCUCUUCGCUCCGUCGGUAACAUUGUUACUGGUGAUGACGUACAGACCCAAGUCAUCAUCAACUGUGGUGCCCUGCCCUGUCUCCUGUCUCUGCUGAGCUCCACCAAGGAUGGCAUCCGCAAGGAGGCCUGCUGGACCAUUUCUAACAUCACGGCUGGAAACUCGGGACAGAUCCAGGCUGUCAUCGACGCCAACCUCAUCCCCCCUCUGAUUCACCUUCUGCAGAACGGCGACCUUAAGACGCGCAAGGAGGCAUGCUGGGCCAUCAGCAAUGCCACCUCUGGCGGUCUCCAGAAGCCUGAGCAGAUCCGCUACCUGGUUUCGCAGGGAUGCAUCAAGCCCCUGUGCGACCUCCUGGCCUGCCCCGACAACAAGAUCAUCCAGGUUGCUCUCGACGGUCUUGAGAACAUCCUCAAGAUUGGCGACCUCGACAAGCAGGCUGCCGGCGAGGGUAGCGAGGCCGUGAACCGCUACGCCCUCUUCAUCGAGGAGUGCGGUGGCAUGGAGAAGAUCCACGACUGCCAGAACAACGCCAACGAGGAGAUCUACAUGAAGGCCUACAACAUCAUCGAGAAGUACUUCUCGGACGAUGAGGAGAAUGCCGAUGAAGGUACCGCCCAGCCCACUGGCCCUAACGGUACUUUUGGUUUCGGCGCCAGCGGUGCUCCCCAGUCCGGUGGCUUCAACUUUGCCAACGGUGGUGACUCGAUGGACAUGUAA